UGUGGUCGCCACUACACGGUUUUGCAACUCUCUCUCUCUCUCUCUCUCUCUCUCUCUCUCUCUCUGACUGUUAGCUUUGCUUCUUGUUGCUGGUUUUUUGGCUGAUCUUGAGAAGUAUUUAUUGUGAGUUUCUGGUUGGCUUGCUGGUCUUGUGGUUGUUGUCUUACAAAUUCUCUGGCUCUGUAAUUUUUUCGGUGUUGAGGUAACACUAAGCUAAACUGGUUGGCUUGCUUCGACUACAUUUCCAUAUCUGUUUUGUUCAGCAGCAGCAGAUUGCCAAAUGGCAUUGAGCACCCAAAGAGACUCUGCCUUUCUUCCUUCACCUCAUCAGUUUGCUCCUCAACCGAACCACGAUGUGUUUUUGAGUUUCAGGGGUGUAGACACUCGAAAUAGCUUUGUAUCCCAUUUAUACCACGAAUUGCAGCUCAGGGGCAUUAAAACAUUCAAAGACGAUCCAAAGUUUGAAAGAGGGACACCUAUUUCUUCAGGGCUCUUCAAUGCAAUCCAAGAAUCGAGGCUUGCAAUCAUUGUUCUCUCGCCAAAAUAUGCUUCUUCUACCUGGUGCUUGGAUGAGCUUACAAGGAUUCUCCAAUGCAUGAAAUCCAAGAGCACCGUUCUGCCAGUGUUUUAUCAUGUGGAUCCCUCCGACGUACGAAAACAAAGCGGUAGUUUUGCGUGCGCGUUCGCUGAGCAUGAGGAAAGUUUUAGGAAAGACAGAGAAAAGGUGAAGAGCUGGAGAGCUGCUUUAACUGAAGUGGCCGAUUUAUCUGGGUUUGAUUCAAAGAAUGGGUGUGAAAGAAAGCUUAUUGAAAAUAUUGCUGAAUGGGUGUGGGAGAAAGCGCAUCACAGAUUCAAAUUGUUAGAUUCCAUAGAGUUGGUGGGAAUGAAGUUUAUACGUGAGCAAGUAGAUUUGCUUUUAGCUCAUCCUACGGAUGAAGUUCACUUUAUAGGGAUAUGGGGGAUGGGCGGAAUUGGCAAAACAACCAUUGCUAAGCUAGUGUAUGAUAGCAUUUCUACCCAUUUUGAAUCUAGCAGCUUUCUUGCUAAUGUUAGAGAGGUUUCUCAACGUGGUUGUCUUGUUGAUCUACAAAGACAACUUCUUUCCCCAAUCUUAAAGGAUCAAAUUACUCAAGUUUGGGAUGAACAGUGGGGAACCUCUAUCAUUAAGAAUUGCUUGUAUAAUAAAAAGGUUCUUCUCAUUCUUGAUGAUGUGAGUGAAUCAAGCCAACUUGAAAAGUUGGCUGGUGAAAAGGAUUGGUUUGGUAAGGGGAGUAUAAUCAUUAUUACAACUAGAGAUAAACGGUUGCUAGUUAAACAUGAUAUACAUAUAUCAUAUAAGGUAGAGGCGUUAGGUGAUGAUGAUGCUCUUGAGCUCUUUAAUUGGAAUGCCUUUAAAAAAGAUGAGCCUGAGGAAGGUUUCUUGGAACUGUCCGAGGGUUUUGUAAAUUAUGCCAGAGGCCUUCCACUAGCUCUUAAACUUUUGGGAUGCUUAGUGUAUAAGAGAGAUCAAGAUGAAUGGAAAAGUGAAUUGGAUAAGCUACGGAAAAUUCCUAAGUCAGAAAUUAUUGAUUUGCUCAAAAUAAGUUAUGAUGGACUAGAUGAUAUGAACAAGGAUAUAUUUCUUGAUGUUGCAUUUUUUCAUAAGGGGAAGGACAAGGAGGAAGUAAUUGAAAUACUAGACAGUUGUGGCCUAUGUGGUUGUGUUGGGAUAAAUGAUCUCGUUCAGAAAUCACUCUUAACGAUAUCACAUAGGAAUGUUGAGAUGCAUGAUUUGAUACAAGAAAUGGCAUCGGAAAUUGUUCGUCGGGAGUGUCUUGAUGAGCCUGGUAGACGAAGUCGAUUGUGCACUCAUGAUGAUAUCUCUCAUGUAUUCAUAAACAAUACGGCAACAAACAAAAUUAAAGGCAUCAGCUUACGCAUGGCAAGACUAGAAAAGACAUAUUGGAAUUGUGAAGCCUUCUCUAAGAUGUGUAACCUGAAAGUUCUUGAAUUUUACAAUGUGAUCAAUUCUUCAAGCCCCAGAAUUCUUCCUAAUUCCUUGAGAAGUAUCAAAUGGAGUGAAUAUCCUUCCAAAUUUCUCCCAUCAGGUUUUCAACCGAAUUUCCUUAUUGCACUUAAGAUGCAUGAGAGCAAACUUGUUCAGCUUUGGGAUGGAAGAAAGGACUUGCCCAACUUGAAAAAAAUGAAACUUCCUGGCUCUGAAAACUUGACCACAACCCCAGAUUUCUCUGGCAUUCCGAAUCUUGAGGUGUUGGAUUUUCAAUUUUGUAAGAAUUUGGUUGAGAUUCACCCAUCAAUUGCAAAUCUCAAAUGUCUUAAAAGGUUGUCUCUUGGUUUUUGCUCAAAAUUGAAAAAGAUUCCAGAAUUUUCAGGGCAAAUGAAAAAUUUGUCAAUGCUUAAUUUACUUGGGACGUCCAUUGAGAAAUUAUCUUCAUCAAUAGAUUGCCUGGUUGGCCUUACUAGUCUGUUUCUAACGGAUUGCGAAAAUCUCGCCAGUCUUCCGAAUGAAAUUUGUAAUUUGAAGUCUCUUGAAUUGCUUUGGGUGGGUGGAUGCUCAAAAAUUGACAAACUCCCAAAGAACAUGGGGGAGAUGGAGUGUUUAGAGAGGCUUCUACUGGAUGGAACUUUUAUAAGAAAGCUGCCACGCUCCAUUGUUGGUUUGAAAAAUCUAUACAGUCUAUCUUUGGGUGGAUGUGGAUCACAGCCAAAUAAAUCAAGGUUUUGGUGGAGCCUCCCCCUCUCAUAUGAAAGAAAGGCUUUUGUGUUGGCUCCGCUUGAUGGUUGUCUUUGAGGAAAUUGGAUCUGAUUAAUUGUGGUGUUUGUGAAGGGGAUCUUCCCAGUUAUAUUGGCUGCUUGUCCUCUUUAGUAGAAUUAAAGCUUAGUGGAAACAAUUUUGUUAGCCUUCCUGCAAGCAUUGGAUGUCUUUCUAAGCUUCAGUUAUUUUGGGUGAAUGGGUGCCAAAGGCUUCAACAAUUGCCAGAUCUGACAUCAAGUAGCUCAUUAGUGGAUACAAACAUAAGAAUGUUACCACCUCUUACAUCUGAUUUGACUUCAAAUAUAAACAACGAAAUACAUUUUUGUAGUUUUAAUUGUGCCAAUUGUUUUGUAUUGGUUCACAAUGAAGGCUGCGAUAGUAUAAUACUGAAAAUGCUACAGUAAUACCUUCAGGUUCUCUCUCUCUCUCUGUCUCUCUUUUGUUGUUUGCUAUAAUAAUAAUUACAACUUGCUAACCUCAUAUAUAUCUUUGUAUGUGGUACAGCUAAUCCCUAGGCGUUAUAUUUCGAAUACCAAUUAGAAAUUGUCCUUGAGAAGUGUAACCACCGGCCAGAGUCGGCCCAUAGCAUGUGCGGGCUGUGCGACUGCACAGGGCCCCCAAAAUUUAGGGGCCUCCAAAUGUUUUUAAAAGUCCAACAUUAUAUUAUAUCUUUUUUUAUUCCAAAAAUAUUAUUAUUAUUUCCUAACGAGCGGAUAUUUGUUCCUUCUUGAUUCUUCUGUCUUCCGUCCAAACACAAAAUCUUCUUUACUCUUUGGCAAGUCAAAAGGCGUGCUCUCUCUCUCUCUCUCUCUCUCUCUCUCUCAUAUUAGACUUUAGAAAUUAUAUGUUGCAUUUGGAAUUAGCCAUCAUAUGAUUGCAAGAAGUGUGCAUCUUGAGUGUUGCUGGUUUUAUAGUAUUUUGCUUCAUUUUGCUAGGUGUAGUUCUUUUGUAUGCAAAAGAAAAUUAAAUAGAUGUGAGUAUGUGAAAAUAGACGAAGGAUUAUCUUGAUUCUAUUUGUGGGUUCUAAUUUAAUUGAUGCCACAUAAUGAUUUCGGUUUAAUUUAUGACUUAUGAAUUUUAAAAUUUGAAAAAUUGUUAUUUUACUUAUACAUAUAGGGCCUCAUUAGCUUUCUUCGCACAGGGCCUCCAUAUCUAAUGGACCGGCUCUGCCACCGGCAUGUCCUUGAGAAGUGUAACCAGUGGAGUCGCCAUAGCCAGUGAUGUCGCCGUAACCACCAGUGCGGCCUUGAUCUCCAUAACCUGAAGUGGGGCUCUCUUGCGCUUGCCACAUCACAUGCAUUGCCAGUUAUCCACGCUUUGGUGGACGGUCUGGAUGGUUUGGCUCUCUCUCUCUCUCUCUCUUGGCCGGUAUGGAAGACAUUUC